AUGAUAGCCACAUCUUACAAUACCUUCCUCACCCUCUUGGUGUUAUGCCUAGCAUACAAAUUCAUCAAGGCCCAUUAUGAGAAACGGAAAGAUUUCGGACUUGGUCUACGCCCCCUACAUUUCGAUCCUCUGAUGGGCAGUGGAAUCUUCACCCAAGACGGUGCACAGUGGCGCCACUCACGCCAACUCCUACGACCGCAAUUCAUGUCAAACCGCUUCAAUAACUUGGAGCAAGUCAAGACUGCCGUACAGAAUCUCAUCGAUGGCGUUCCAGAUAACGCGCCGGUGGACCUACAGCCCCUUUUCUUCCGGCUGACAUUCGACACCACGCUUUUUUUGUUAUUUGGGAAAUAUCUGCCAUCUCUAAAGUCCGAAGGAAUCACAGAUCGUGAGUCCGAAUUCGCAGAAGCUUUCAAUACUGGACAAGAUUAUCUCGCGCAGCGAGGGCGACUGGGAGACUUUUACUGGCUUCUUGGAGGCUUGAAAUUCCGUCGAGCUUGUCGCAUUUGUCACGAUUUUGUCGAUGGUGCGGUCCAAAAAGCUUUGGAGAGUUCGACAGAAGACCAUCUGAAUGAAUCAAGGGAAGCUUAUACGUUCAUCGAUGCAUUGAUUCAGGAAAGCAGGGAUCCGAAGUUCUUGAGGAGUCAAUGCAUGAAUAUCCUAUUAGCUGGAAGGGAUACGACUGCAUGCUGCCUGACAUGGGCUUUGCGCCUCCUUGUACAACAUCCUAACGUCCUAUCCAAACUCCGCCGAGAAAUCAACCAUGCCCUAGGCAUCGGCCCCAAAGCAUCAGAACCAACAAUCAACCAACUCAAGAAACUAUCUUAUUUAUCCAACGUCAUUAAAGAAGUCCUCCGCCUCUACCCCUCUGUCCCUGUAAACUCUCGCGCCGCCAUCCGCACAACAACCCUCCCUACAGGCGGCGGCCCUUACGGCACGGAUCCAAUACUCAUCCGCAAAGGCGAAGCAGUCGGAUAUAGCGUCUACGCCAUGCACCGUCGAAAAGACAUCUACGGUGCUGAUGCAGAGAGCUUUCGACCCGAGCGGUGGGCCGAUCCUACCAUUUUGAGUAGAGUUGGUAAUUGGGGAUAUUUGCCGUUUAAUGGUGGACCCAGGGUGUGUCUUGGACAGGAGUUUGCGUUGUUGGAGGUUGGGUACACGAUUGUGAGGAUAGUGCAGGUUUUUCAAGGUAUUGAGAUGGAAGGCGUGGAAUGGCCUGUCGUUGGGCAGGAGGAGCAGGUGCUUACGUUGGUUGUGGCAAGUGGUGAGGGCUGUUGGGUGCGGAUGAGGAGAUACUGA